GACCUCGAGUGCAUGUGCUUUGGAAAAUCCACAUCUUUUACUUGACGUUGACACAUUCUCUCGUUCGCAAAAAUCAAAUAUGGACAAGUCGUCUCAUUCAAACAUAGAUCUGCCGGAGAAGCAGUCGAGCGAGUACUCAAGACAUCUGCUCUCGGAAGACGGCGAAAGCGCAUCAGACCAAGACUUCGAACAGCAGAUCAGAAGGAAACCUCGACGAUCAAAUGGCACAAUUGCCAUCAUAUUGGCAACGAGCGCGGUUUCGAUAUUAUUAGGCAUCGUGAUUGGACACUACUCGCCGCAAAGUAGGAAUCUCGAUCGUGUAUGCCUACAACGCACAUCGCGCGAGUCGCCAAUCACUCCUGAUGUGCAGAUCGAAUGGCACACGACACGAUUUAACGGGUCUCUCCUCAAAGAAACUCCGUUUCGACAAAGUGCUGGCCCGGAUGUCGAUGCAGCCUGGGCAUCGCUUGGAAUCGAUUAUCGGAGUGUCGCUGUUCCACUUGAUCAGGCCGAACGCGUCGGUCUGCGUCAAGAUCAGGUCAAAAUCAGAGAAGAGCAUGGAGGCGGCUACCCGGCGAACGUUGAAGGGCUACACCAACUCCAUUGCUUGAAUCUCCUGCGGCAAGGUCUGUGGUUCAACUUUGAACACUAUCAAGCGCAAGGAAAGGGACCUUUUGCAAAUACCGAUUAUAUCUUGCGGAAGCAUGUCACUCACUGUCUGGAUAUCAUUCGGCAGCAGCUCAUGUGCACAGUCGAUGUGGGAGUCUUGGGUCAAGUCUGGUUUCAGCCAGUUUCUGCAGAUGAGCCGGAGGCGUACGUCGACUUCAACACGGAGCAUGUAUGUCGCAAUUUCGAGGCAGUCAGACAAUGGGCGGAGGAGCACCAAAUUCCCGCUAUGGUGCCACCGGACUUCUUGGAGCCGCCGAAGGAGGGUGAUAGGAUAUACCGCACAAUUCCAUAG